ACUCAAUAAGAAAACUAAAGGCAGCUUCCCGAUGACUCCCACCCUUGUUAAGUUAUCCAAUAAAAUUGUACUACAAGUCCAUCUGAGCACUAAUUUUACAUCUUCAUCGCCAAUCCCUUAGGCAAGAUCUUUGUUAAACAAUAAUAAUGUCUACAUUUGUUUUACCUCCUCUAAUAAAACUGCGUUUCCCUACUGACACAAUUGGUGAAGACUACUACAGAGAAGAAACAAGCGUUUCAUCAUCAGCAGAGAUCACGGAAACUAACAGUUCUUUGUCAUCUUGGACAUGUCCAGGGGUUCUGACAUCCACAGAAAUUACUUCAACUGCUUAUGCAGACACCAAAGUCCAGCAGCCACCAUUAACUUCAGCAACCGCUUAUGCCUUUCAGGACACUAAAAUACCAGAUUUGGGAUCAGCUACAAAAAUAAUUAACUAUGUAGAUGGACGCAGCUCAUUCAGUUCUUUAAUGCAGCUACAAGAACUUAUCUAUGAUGCGCGGAGCACGUUCACUGAGUACUUGUAUGCAGUAGAUGAGGUUCAGCAAUCAACUAAGUCCGGUAUGAUCUCCAGUUAUGAGACUCAAAGACGUGCAAUGAAAACACUGCAGCUGGUUUUUAAAGGAAUAUUAACCUUCUCAAUUAGUGGAACCAGAUCUUAUCUCAGGAGUUCCACAGUGUACUCAAGUAGUGUGACUAGCAGUUCUAGCUAUGAGUUGCAGGGAAGCGGUUAUACUGUGCAAGGUGAGCUGUCCUCAGAGCAGGUCUAUCGUCUCCAAAAUAUAGCAGAGAGGCUGAAUUCCACAGGAUGUCUUGGGGACUGCAUAGAGGCUUACAAGAUUUCAAGGAAGUCAGCAGUGGAUGCAAGGUUUCUGAGAUUUGGCUUUGGGAAGUGGAGCAUCGACGACUUACAGGGCUUGGACUCUGAAGAAUUCACUGCAAAUAUUAGGUUAUGGAUACAAACAGCCAGGAAAUUCUACAACAGUUUCUUUCCCGGGGAGAGGCAAUAUUAUGAGCAGAUCUUCGGAGGUGUAAGCUCUGUCACAUAUGACAACUGUUUCCUACCUAUAGUCAAAGAGGUUGCAAUUGAGUUGAACAAUUUUGCAAAUGCUGUAAGUUCCAUUGCAUCAUUUCAGAAACUAUUUGCUGUUUUGGAUCUGUACAAGGCUCUGUCUGUUUUAAUACCUGAGAUUCGAAACAUGUUCUCCACUAAAUUAUCUGCAUAUAUAUCUCAAGGGGCAAUAAAGACUAUUGAAAACCUUGCAACUCUAGUAAGGCAACUGUUUUCCAGCUUUGAGGAUACUGUGCUCAACGAGAGAUUGAACACUCUGACCCGAGAUGGUUCAAUCCAUUCUUUGACUAAAUACGCGAUGAAUUAUGUUACUAGCAUCUCACAGUAUGAGGAACUUCUGAAAAGUAUAAUCUUAUCUGGGCCAAUUGAAAGUGUGGGAUAUCAGUUGGAUGAGCAAUCAUUGGAGGAUUCCGGUAAAUCUCCAUUGCAACUCCACCUGAUUUGGAUCAUGAUUAGCCUAAGAAUUAAUCUGGAAGGCAAAUCAAGAUGUCAUGAACAUUCAUCACUGCGCUAUGUAUUCAUCAUGAACAACGUUAACUAUGUAAUCAAGACAAUUAUAGGGUCUCCGGAAUUACUAGAGUUGAUUGGGAAGGAGUAUGUGUUGAAAUUGAGCAAAGAUGUCAUACAGGCAACACACUUCUAUUCUUCAUCCAUGUGGCCCAGGCUUUUAUACUGUUUAAGGGAUCCUAGACUAAGCAAUAAGUUUACAUUUUACGACAAGCUUUCAAAGGAUUCCCUGAAGGAUAGGUUCAAGGCUUUCAACACGACAUUUGAAGAGGUCUGUCAGACUACAUCUUUUGUGUUGGAUAUUCAGUUGCGCGAUCAGCUUCAUAAGUUCAUACUUAGAAAGUUGCUUCCGGCUUAUAAGUGCUUUCUAGAAAAAUACGGGAGCCACACACUGAGCAAAAGGUACAAGGAGAAAUAUAUCAAGUACUCCCCAGAGGACCUCGACUAUGCUUUCAGAACACUGACUAAUGACAAUGGUUUUUCUGUUGAAUGUUAAAUCAGGAUUCUGAUAUUAUCUAGGCCGUUUCCUUAGUAUCUGCACAUAGCUUAUCACCAUCUAUCCGCAACUCUGUAAUUGUUUCUUAUCUAGUAAUUUAGUGCUCAGAUGACCUUUGUAUGCUGCAUAAUCUUUAAACCUUUACUUUGUUCUUUCUAUGCAA